UGAUGUAUGGGAGCCAUCGGUCACCUGGCCUCUGCAUGGCGGCCAUGGCCUCGUGUUCCAGGAGAUGGAGGAGGAUGACGGAGGUAACGGGUGGAAUCCAAGGGAAGGUCAUGUGUCUCGUUCACGAAGCAGACGGAGUUGGAUCUGGAACCAGUUUUUUGUUAUCGAGGAGUAUGCUGGUCCUGAGCCUGUUCUCAUCGGAAGGCUUCACACUGACAUGGACAGAGGAGAUGGACGCACCAAGUACGUGCUCCGGGGCGAAGGGGCGGGCUCGGUGUUUGUGAUUGAUGAAAAGACAGGCAACAUCCACGUGACGAAGCCCUUGGACAGGGAGGAGAAGGACGAGUACCGGCUUAUCGCCACGGCAACAGACAGCCAGACAGAGCGUGCCCUGGAGCCUUCUUCCCAGUUUAUCAUCAGGGUGCAGGACAUCAACGACAACCCGCCUGUUUUCGAAGACGGCCCGUACAGCGCCACCGUCUCGGAGAUGGCCAACAUAGGCACGUCCAUUGUUCAGGUGACAGCAACUGAUGCUGAUGACCCCACCUAUGGGAACAGUGCUCGUCUGGUCUACACACUGGUGCAAGGCCAGCCUCAUUUCUCUGUCGACCCACAGACGGGAAUCUUGCGCACAGCAGUCCCUGAUUUGGACCGAGAGACUCAGGAUCAGUACCUCAUAGUACUCCAGGCUAAAGACAUGGGCGGCCAUCUCGGAGGGCUUUCUGGAACCACGACGGUUACCGUGAAACUGACCGACGUCAAUGACAACCCACCUCAUUUUACUCAGAGCUCCUGGCUGUUCUCCGUGUCGGAGUUGGCGGCGCCAGGGGCGGAGGUGGGCCGGAUCUCGGCAACAGACGCCGACCUGGGAGAGAACGCCAAGCUGGAAUAUACCAUCCUGGAAGGGGAGACAGGAGACACCUUUAGUAUUACCGGGGUAAACCAGGAGGCCAUCAUUACUCUGACUAAGGCUGUUGACUAUGAAAGUCGGAGCUCAUAUUCCUUUUCCGUGGAGGUGAUGAACCCAACCGUUGAUCCUCGUUUCCUGCGCCGCGGCCCCUUUAAGGACCGUGCCUCCAUCCGAGUGGCAGUACUGGAUGCAGAUGAACCGCCACGUUUCUCUCGGGCCCGAUACCACAUGGAGGUGUCUGAGAACUGUCCUCCGGCAUGCACUGUUGGACGGGUCAGUGCUGUUGACCCGGACACAGGACUCAGCAGCAACAUCAGGUACUCCAUUGAUCCUCAGUCAGAUCCGGAGGCUUUGUUCCGCAUCACCCCAGACACUGGGCUUAUCACCACGACAACGGAGCUGGACCGCGAGCACGAGCAGUGGCACAAUAUCACCAUCAUCGCUACACAAAGAGAUAACCCGAGCCAGGUUUCCCGAGUACUGGUUGCCAUAGAGACACUAGACCUGAAUGACAAUGCUCCAGAGCUGGAUCGACAAUACACGACAGCCAUGUGUGACUCCGCCUCCAUCGGACAGGUGGUGCAGGUGUUGAGAGCGAUUGAUAGAGACGAGGGAGGGAACGACAGCACAGUCUACUUCAACAUCCCUCCGGAGUCCAGCGCCGCACUCAACUUCAGCAUUAGAGAGAGCGGAGGUCCCACCGCAAGCCUGGUCCUAGUCUCGCCGUUACAGGCGCUCUCCCGCUCUUCGACGUCCUCUCUGACUCUUCAUGUUCCUCUGGUCCUCAGGGACGUGUCGUCGGGUCUGACGAGCACAGCGACCGUCACGGUCUCGGUGUGUCCCUGUUUGCGAGGAGGCGCACGAGCUGGGGAGAAGGAGAAGCAGAGUGACGCGGAGUGGGAUAGGGAAACCGUGUGCCUACCCCAGCACUCCUCGCUGCCUUCUCCGGGUCUCAGCACAGCGGCCCUGCUGGCAAUUUUAGCAUGCGGGGCGACGCUUUUGGCUGUCAGCGCUCUGUCUCUGUCCCUGCGCAGACAAAAAAGGGACUCGCUUUCUCCUCUUGAGGAAGACGAUGUCAGGGAGAACAUCAUCACGUACGACGACGAGGGAGGCGGUGAAGCCGACACCGCUGCCUUCGACAUCACUGCGCUCCAGAGCGCCCCCCACAGCGCUCGCAGGGGAUACCGAACCUUAGACAGUAGGAACAUACGCCUCUCCCAGCGUGGCCAGGAUAAAUCACGGACCUACAGUAGCUGGGCUCAGUCCGGAGCUAUGGACACUGGACAGUACCCGAGCCAGACACCUCUUUAUGGUCGCUUGUGUUACAGCAGCCAGACCCUCCCUGUACUACGGCGGUCGCAGGGUCCGUACGACCCCGGCCUGACCGAACUGGGAUACCGGUUUUCCAGUGGCCAGCCGGAUCACUCCCUUGUAAUCCAUAACCAAGGUGCCAUGGUGGGGCCUCUGGAACCAGGAGCUCUGUAUGUGGGACCCAGUGAGGUGGGAAAUAGCUUUAGAGAGGGAACUGCGUCCCAGGAGGGAGCCGCUGCAUCCGAAGAGGGAACGCCACAGAAAAACGAUACCAAGGAAGAUUCGGGCAGUGAUGCCCAGCAGAGCCAGGAUCUAAACUGGGUGCAGUCAGAUUCGGCUCCAAGGGAACUGGUGCUGACUCGCUCAGGCUCGCUGGCCAGGCCUGGAGUUUCAGGUGGCUGGUUGUGUGAUUCAGCAACGCUGCCCAUGGCAGGACGGCGCUCCUCACGUGCUGGGCUCUCACCAAAAAAGAGUGCAGCUGGUUCCGCAGAUGGCGCAGAUGGAGCAAACAAUGGCAUGCAAUCUGUCGGACGCAAUUUCACCACCGGCCUGCAGGGGGAGCAACAGAAGGACUACACGGGCAGCCUGAGCCGAGGAGGAUUGGAAAUGGGAAGUAGUUUUGUGGUAGCAAGACCAGAAGGGGGGAUUCCACUGUGCGUCCCAGAGGAAACAGGUUUUAUGGCUGACUGGCGGGAACGGGUGGGUGUCGGGGCUUACACCCUGGGCAGGAGGGAUAUGAUGCCUCAGCUGCUGCCAUACCCUGGGCAGGGCCGAGGGGCAUUCGGAGGGAUCCUGGGAUAUGGAGGAGCAUGGCCAACAGCGCCUGAAGCAGCAGGAAGGGGCGUGCAAGGAGGAGGGGGCCAGUCCCUGGCCUUGAGAGUCGGCGAGUUCCUGCGACUACGCCUCGCGCAGGUGACCUUCGAUCCGACGCAGCCGCCGUAUGACUCGGUGCAAGUGUACGGCCUCGAAGGCACAGGGUCGCGUGCUGGCUCGCUCAGCUCCCUGGAGAGCGAAGGAGAGAAGGAGGGCAACAAGGAGGAGUGGGGCGGUGGGCUGGAGGAGUGGGGCCCGCGGUUCCACAAACUAGCCCAACUCUUCCAGGAAAGGGAGAAAGAGAUAGAGGAUGACAAAGAGAGCAAGCCAGAGACACCAAGGAAACUAAACGAUAAGGGAAAACUGGAGAGAGAGGAGCAGUCUGAGGAUGAGAGAAGGGACAAAGACUGAAAGGUGGAGGUGAGAACGGUGUAAGGGUUAUGGGUUAUGGGGGGAUAAGUAAUCGCCAACCAAGUAAUAGACAGAGAGAGAGAGAAAGAGAGGAUGAUUGGAACAGACAUGCAAAACAAACGUGGCCUAAAUAGAGACAGAGAGAGAGAGAGAGAGAGAGGUUGAAGCAAUUUAAAGCAAUAUGUGUUAAAAAAAAAAAAAAAGCAUAACAGUGAGCACAGAAAGAGAGACAGGAAAUGGUUUGUUUCUCUUUAGAGUGUUUACCAUUCUCUAAGUGUUUCAGGCAGGGGUGGGGAAAAUGCCCAUAUAACCUUUUAUAUUCACAGACUGAU